AUGGGCGGACAUGAUUCAGAGUUUUUUGUGGAAUUCAGUCGAAAACAAACACUCGAUCGACGUCGUGAAUCAUCUCGGUUUGCUGCGCGUGAUCGACGUGGCAAAGAAGCAGAUAUCUUUACCGAUCUGAAAGUAGUGGUGCCAAUUGUUGAUGAAGCAACCGUCACACAUGUAGAUCGGAUCGCUUUAUUAAGGGUUGCAUUAACUCUUUGCCGAUUGCGAAAAGUUGCUACGAAAUUUCUGAAAACUAAUCUUAAUGAGGAGAAUGAAUGUUUAUGGUCUGAAACAACAUUGCUAGAGUGUUUAGAUGGUUUUUUGGCUAUAGUUGAUUUAGACGGCAUCAUUCUAUACGUUAGUGAAAGUGUUUCCAUCUACCUCGGACUUACACAAACUGACCUUACGGGACGUUCACUGAAAGAAUUUAUUCAUACCAGUGAUUACGAUGAAUACAUUAGCUAUGAUACUGGAAGUGUGGUCGAUCACGGAUGCGGUCGAGUAUACACGCUACGAAUGAAAUCAGUGAUUAGUCCACGAGGCAGAAACCUAAAUCUCAAAAAUGCGCUAUUUAAACCAAUAAUUUGCCAUAUUCGUUCACUAUCCGCCGAGAAUGGACGUGUUCGUAUCAUACAAGCUAGUGCACAACCAGCUGGACAGGGUAAUAGCGUUUUUAUAGCUUCAAGAGGUACGGAGGUACAGAAUGGCACUUACAUGACGCGGCAUACUUAUGAUAUGAAAUUUUCAUAUGUCAGUGAAAGUUUCAACUAUAUUCUUCGGCAUGAAGCACGUUCCUUAAUGGGUACCUCGUUUUACAAUUUGGUCCAUCCGGCCGAUCUUGACGUGGUGGUUAUUUCGAUACGUGAAAUGCUCACAAAAGGUCACACACGGACACCGUACUAUCGUUUGAUUGGCCUCAAUAAAUCAGUAUUAUGGGUACAGACGGAAGCGACUACCAUUAAUAAUACGACAAAAGGGCAAAAAGGACAAUAUAUCAUCUGUGUACACCAGUUAAUUGGUACCCAAAGUGAACGAGAUUCGUUUAUAAACGGAAAGAACAGUGCAGCAUUAUGUCCAGCGUCAAUGCAAAUAAAACAAGAAAUGACAGAGGGUUCAGAAACAAUAAAGAGCAGUUACAAUGAAGUAUUACAGUGGCUUUUUCGUGCUCAACAACGUAGCAAAUCUCCAUCAGGAACAUUGCUUUUCCGUGCUGAAAGCAAUAAAGAUCGUAACGAAUAUAACUGCGAGUCAAGAAGAUAUACGGCGACACGAGUUGAAACCAUCAACUAUGGUACUAAAAACGGUAUCUCGGUAUCGGGUACCAACGAUUAUGUUCGUGGAAACACUCCGAACAUUUCAUUUCUACAUAACGGAAAUGGAGGAAGUGAAUUCAAUCCACUUGCUACUGAAAUUGAUCGAUGUCGAUUACGAGCAAAUGCUAUACGAGCAAACUGUAGCGGGGGGACAGCUAAUGUAAAUACACGUGAUUGCAGUAAUCAUUGCUUUCAAGCUGAUUUCUCAGAAUCCCCAGCAGCAACUAUUUUUAACACUGUACGGUUAUCUGCGGUUUCCGCAAAUGAUACAAUUGGCGAUGGGGCAACAAAUGUGACUGGAACCGAACGAAGCCAAGGCAAUAUGUUCUCCACUUUAUCUACUACUGGUACUCAGUGUUCUCGUUCCUUGACUUGUUAUGAUCCUUAUCUUAGCAACAGUUUUACUACUUCUGCGGCGACCUCUUCUAAUACCAUAUUUGCUUCCAACAAUAAUUCCAUCCAUACACAAUCAAAUCCAUCCGCAAGUCCGGUGAACUGUGUUAGAGAAAUUCCACGAGCCGCUCAUAAUAAAGAAAAUGGCGAUAGUGAUACAAUAGAAAGUACUGAUGACUGGCAGAUGUUUGCACCGUUUGUGGCUCAUGACGAUGUGAUGCAACUAUCAACAGAUUUGCAAGGACUUUUACCGGAAUUCAGCUUUGUUGAUUGGAUACCGUCAGAUCCAGCGCCACUACCAAGUUUGCCUGCCGAAGAAAGGGGUGUGACAUUACUAGGGAAUGUACCGAUACCGAUGCAAAUGACAUUUGAACGAUCGAAUGUAUAUGCAAAUUCCAGCAUUUCGCUUCUUGCAAAACCAAAUCCUUUUAGUCUUACGGCGACUUCGUGGCGCCAAUUGCAGCAGCAAUAUCAGCAAUGCCAUCACGAAAAUAUGAAUGGUGGAGCAGCAGAAGCUGCAACUCCAUGGUUGGAAGUAGAACUUGCAGCAACAUGUACUCGAUCGAAUGAUCGUUCAGUUGGGUUAUUCCGUUGA